CGCUCGUUCAAAUCGGUCGGCGCAGUCGGCGUGGUGCUUGUGUCGACGCCGGUUAGGCCGCAUUCGAUGUCCCACGAUGGCAUCGCAUCGCAGCCUUCUGCUAGCCCUAUGUCUCUUCGCCGCCGUCGCGUGCCUGGCACCCGGGAAGCAGGUGGACCCGGACAUUACCUUUGACGAUGUCGGCGACCAUGAUGACCACGAGGCGACCUUCCGGCGGCGCUCCGCGGGGCCGGACUCCGGUCUGUCGGGCUUUGCAAGUUCCAUCCUGCGUCGAGUGCGCAGAGCCUGGCUUUUCGGAUUCGGUGCUGGCCAAACCAAAACAGCGUCUUCCCCCGAUGCGCCGGGCGAGAGCUCUACGCCGGCCGUACAGUCGACGACUACGCCUCAGUACACCACGCGGCGCUUCUCGCGGCAAUUGGACGACGACUUCGAGUACCCGGGCUCUGGCGAUGGCAAUGGGGACGACGAAGACCAGGAGGACGUUUCGUCGGCGACGCACAGUGGCGCGGGAUACCCCACCUCCGAUGGCGGCCGUCCACCCGUACUCGAUGGCAGGCCCCCCAAGACAACGCAUGCUCAACUGCCCCCCGUCGGCUCGUCGCCCAUGUUUCGGAGCUCGGUGCUCAUCCUGAACCAACCCUUCGACGCCAACUUGGUGCGCCAGGAGAGCGAGGCCUUCAAGCAGCUGAGCGGAGAGUUCGAGCUGAUGCUCUCCCAGUCCCUGGCUCGUCUCUUGCGACCUCCGCACAACGUGGCCUCCGUCCAGGUGCUCCGCUUUGCGCCGGCUGCCCAGCCCGGGGCGCUCACCGUCACCUGCGACAUCAAGCUUCCGCGCGCCGACCCGAAGGAACUGCAGCGUGCCAUCCGCUCUGUCCUGGAUGGCGGCCGCCUCGGCAACUUUGAACUGUCUAGCCAACACUCGACCUUCACUCAGCUGGGCGUGCCAACACCUCAUCCUGGUGGCAUUCAUUGCGGAGCCGACAUGUUUGCGUGCGAUGACAACAGGCGGUGCGUCGAAAUGUCACGUCGAUGUGACGGGCAUCGUGACUGCAAUGAUGGCUAUGAUGAAGAAAACUGUGUCCAUCCAAGUUCUCAGGGCACACAGCAUCAUGGAUUUCAAUGCAAGCCUGAUCAAUUCCUUUGCGAUGGUCGUCGUUGCAUUGAGAAAUCUCAGCUGUGUAAUGGUCAGCGGGAUUGUUCCGAUGAAACUGAUGAACAGGACUGCUCCUCUAGAGAAGUACCUCUUCACCACACUGAUGGAUUCCAAUGUAGUUCUGACCAAUUUGCUUGUGAUGGCCAUCGAUGUGUGCCCUCUGCAAGCAAGUGCAAUGGCCGCCUUGAGUGUGCUGAUGGCACUGAUGAACAGGACUGCCAGUCAGAAGUUCCAACUCAUGAAGUUCAUUGUGGACCAAAUCAGUUUCUUUGUGAUGGCCGUCGUUGUGUUAAUGCGUCUGGAAAGUGUGAUGGUCGUCGGGAUUGUGCUGAUGGCACUGAUGAACAGGACUGCCAGUCAGGAGAAGUUCCAACACAUGAAGGAGCUCAUUGUGGACCAAAUCAGUUUCUUUGUGAUGGCCGUCGUUGUGUUAAUGCGUCUGGAAAGUGUGAUGGUCGUCGGGAUUGUGCUGAUGGCACUGAUGAACAGGACUGCCAGUCAGGAGAAGUUCCAACACAUGGAGGAGCUCAUUGUGGACCAAAUCAGUUUCUUUGUGAUGGCCGUCGUUGUGUUGGUGCGUCCGGAAAGUGUGACGGUCGUCCAGAUUGUGCUGAUGGCACUGAUGAGCAUGAUUGUCCAACUAGUGAAGUUUCUCCUCCUCAUGGUGAAGGUGUUCAUUGUGAACGCAAUGAGUUUAUUUGUGAUGGUCGGCGGUGUGUGGAUGUAUUAAAGAGGUGCGAUGGUCGCCCUGAUUGUGCCGAUGAAGCUGAUGAACGUGACUGCCCAUCAACUGAAGUGCAUCCACUUCAUGGAGAUGAUUUUCUAUGUGGACCACAUCGGUUUGUCUGCGAUCACCGCCGGUGUGUUGAUCUAUCUAGAAAGUGUGAUAGUCGUCCAGACUGCCUUGAUGGAGCUGAUGAACAUGAUUGCCCAUCGAUUGAAGCUUUUCCUCAUCAUUCUGAAGAGAUUCUAUGUGGACUCGAUCAGUUCAUUUGUGAUCGUCACCGAUGUAUUGACACAUCAAGAAGAUGUGACGGUCACCGUGACUGUGGCGAUGGAACUGAUGAACAUGGCUGCCCUCAUAAAGCUCCUACCCAAACCCCUGGAUUUCAGUGUCGUCCCAAUGAGUUCGUUUGUGAUGGUCGUAGAUGUGUGGACUCGUCUGGAAAAUGUGAUGGCAAACGUGAUUGUGCAGAUGAAACUGAUGAACAUGACUGCCCGCCAAAAGAAGUUCCUUCCCUCUGUGCUCCGGGUCACUUUGUUUGUGAUAGCAGGCGCUGUGUUCCUUUGUCUGGAAAGUGUAAUGGCCAUCGUGAUUGUGCUGAUGGCAGUGAUGAACAAGACUGUGCAAAACAGGAUGGAGGAUCUCACUGUGGCCCUCACCAGUUUGUCUGUGAUGGUCGUAGGUGUGUUGAUAAGGACAGGAAGUGUGAUGGCCGUCCUGACUGUUCUGAUGAAUCUGACGAAAGGGACUGCCCAGGUGCAGACAAAGUGCUGAGUGCCUCUGGGAGCCUGUGCAAUUCAACAAUGUUUCGUUGUGGUGAUGGCACUUGCAUCCCUCUAUCGUACGCGUGUGAUGAAGAGGUAGAUUGUAACGACGGCUCCGAUGAGCGUUGUGAUGAAUGUCAACCGGAUCAAUUCAAGUGUGAUGGUGGAAGGACGUGUGUUGACUCUGCCAGAAGAUGCGAUGGUCACUAUGACUGUGCUGAUCGCACUGAUGAGCAAGGCUGCCCACCUCAUCAACCUGGAGGCCAGUCGCCGCCAGCUGUGGAUGACUGCACUGCGGACGAGUUUCGGUGCAGUAGUGGCAAGUGCAUUGCUCAGGCGUUGGUUUGCAAUGGCAGGCGAGAUUGCACAGACAACUCUGAUGAGAGCGACUGCCCAUGCCGGCAGGGGCAAUUUAGGUGUGGCAAUGGCAAUUGCAUCAAGAUGGCAAGGCGCUGUGAUGGCUACCAUGACUGCCAGGAUAGGAGUGAUGAACUUGACUGUCCUAACGUCUGCAGGCCUGGUCAAUUCCGUUGCCAUAGUGGCACGUGUAUCUCGGAGCGUGCUCGUUGUGACGGGCGCAGGGACUGCCCAGAUGGAUCUGAUGAGAGCCAGUGUGUUUCAGCUCACAGCUGCAGGGCUGACCAAAUACGAUGCCAAGGUGGUGGCUGCCUAAGUGUCUCUCGAAGGUGUGAUGGAGUCUCAGAUUGCCCUAAUGGAGAAGAUGAACUGUCAUGUGGCAAUGGGCACGUGUGCCAGUCUCACGAGUACAAGUGCUCGUCUGGACACUGCAUUGAUUCACGCCAGAAGUGCAACCAAAUCAAGGAUUGCCCAGAUGGUGAUGAUGAAGACAAUUGUGUUGUGGACAUACAACCAUGUAGGAAACAUGAAUUUCAAUGCCAAGAUGGUACAUGCUUGCCUGAUCAUUUGCGUUGCAAUGGACGUUCAGAAUGUAGAGAUUCUUCAGAUGAAGAAAAUUGCCAUCAAAAGACUUCUGCCUCUCAGAAGCAAUGCGAUGUGCUGGGCUUUUUGUGCCUUGCUGAUAACCAAUGCAUCUAUCCAUCUAACGUCUGCGAUGGAGAGUAUGAUUGCAGCGAUGGCGCCGAUGAGCAAUGUGAUCAAAAGACUUCUGCCUCUCUGAAGCAAUGCAAUGUGCUGGGCUUUUUGUGUCUUGCUGAUAACCAAUGCAUCUAUCCAUCUAACGUCUGCGAUGGAGAGUAUGAUUGCAGCGAUGGCGCCGAUGAGCAAUGUGAGUGCAAAGAGAAUGAGUUUCAAUGUGGUAAUGGAAAGUGCAUUGAUAUACAAAAAAAGUGUGACAGGCGUGUCGACUGUCAUGAUUUUUCGGACGAAGCCAACUGUGAGUGCCAAGAUGGUGAAUUUCGCUGUGGAGAUGGCAAAUGCAUUGAAGGCCGAAGACGCUGCGACGGUACUGCUGAUUGCAGAGACUACUCAGAUGAAACCAGUUGUGCCUGUAAGGACAACGAGUUUCGUUGUGGAGAUGGAAGCUGCAUUGAUGUCCGCAGGAAAUGUGACGGAACUGCUGACUGCCGAGACUAUGCUGAUGAAAGGAACUGCAGUUGCAAGGCUAAUGAAUUCAGGUGUGGUGACGGAGCCUGCAUCGAUAAAUCUAGGCAAUGUGACCGCACGCCUGAUUGUAGGGACCAUACUGAUGAGCACAACUGUCCCAUUUCAGGUUGCCCGCCCUCUCAAUUCAGAUGUGGUGAUGGGCGAUGCAUUGACAUUAGCAGGAAGUGCGAUGACAGAGUGGACUGCCCAGACUUCUCUGACGAAGCUAACUGUGUGUCGGAUGCUUGCCGAGCUGAUGAGUUCAAGUGCAAAUCUGGUCAAUGCAUCAGACUUUCUGGAAAGUGCAACCGUCGAAAGGACUGCUAUGAUGGAAGUGAUGAAGAAGAUUGCUGUACAGCUGAAGAAUUUCAGUGCAGGUCUGGAGAGUGUGUUUCAAGAAGCCACAGGUGUGAUGGCCAGUACCAGUGCACGGAUGGGUCAGAUGAACUAGAGUGUAGGACAUGCCACCCUGGUCAGUACGUAUGUGCUAAUGCUCAAUGUAUUGAAAGAUCUCAACGCUGUGAUGGUCGUUUUGACUGCACUGACUUUUCUGAUGAAGCGGACUGUGACCCUGAUGCUGGUGUGAACAUCAAGGUGUACCCAGAAAGACAGACAAUUAAACAAGGCCAAGAGGUGGUGUUCCGCUGCAGAGAUGAGGGCACCAGGCGCUCCCAGGUUAAGUGGACACGGCCGGAUGACAGCCCCUUGCCUCCACAGUCAACUGAUGCUCGAGGGAGGCUGACGAUGCCCAACGUGCAGCUUGAGCACGGGGGCGUCUACCUUUGCAAGGCCGUGGGUGUCCAGGCCUCCACAUCAGGAGCUCAGAAGGCUGCUUUCCUCACCGUGCAGCCAUACACUCCACCAACACCAAAACUGGAACGGCCACUAGGAGCUUGCAAACACGAUGAAGCUACCUGCCAAAAUGGAAAGUGUGUUCCACGGAAAUACGUCUGUGAUGGGGACUAUGACUGUGAUGACGGCUCCGACGAGAAAAACUGUGCUCAACCUUCUCUCUGUGAACCAAAUGAAAUGCAAUGCGACAACAAGAAAUGCAUUCUCAAGGUUUAUUUGUGUGAUGGAGACGACGAUUGUGGUGAUGGCACAGAUGAGAGGAGCUGCCGUGACAAUAUUCCAGGAUCUCCUUGCCGAAUGGGAGAAUAUCAGUGCCGCUCUGGAGACCAGUGUAUCCCAAAAAGUUUCCACUGUGACGGAGAGUUUGACUGCCAGGACAAAUCUGAUGAAAUUGGAUGCUCACCACCAACCAUCACGCAAUCGCCUCCUGAAGUUGUCAAUGCCAUGGAAGGGGAGACUGUCAACAUCACUUGUCGGGCAAUAGGCAACCCAGUUCCACUCAUUAACUGGCGCUUGAAUUGGGGCCACAUUCCACCAAGGCCACGAGUAUCGACCACAAGUGAUGAUGGGUUUGGCACGGUCACCAUCCGUGAUGUGCGCCUAUCUGACCAGGGAGCAUGGUCAUGUGAAGCCAUCAACAGCAAGCAGAGCGUCCUGGCCACUCCAGAUGCAAUUCUCGUGGUCAAAAACAAGGGUGUCUGCCAUCCUCCACUCUUCAACGACAAGGCCCAGACUAGCUCAGAAUGUCUUCGCUGCUUCUGCUUUGGUGUUUCUCAAACUUGCCAUAGUAGCAGUUUGAACAAGAUAACUAUUCCUUUAGCGAACGAAGUUUCUGUCGCCACCAUGAGCAUCCUUCCUGAUGGAAGCUACAUGGAUGUCACGGAAAAGUUUAGGCCCGACCAGAAUGCAGUGCGCUCAAACCCUGCAAGUCGUGAAUUCAAAAUAGACAGCCAAGUGAAAACAUCGGAGGCACCUGUCCACUACUAUUGGAGCCUUCCUGCAGAAUUUCUUGGAAACCAGAUCAACAGCUAUGGAGGUCAUCUGAAGUAUGCCUUCAGGUAUCAAGCAUCAUCAAGACCUGUGCAAGCUGCAGACAUAAUCAUCAGAGGAAAUGGCAUCACUUUGUACCACACUCUGAAGCAAUCAUAUGGUCCUCUCAGAGACAACUCCAUCGAAGUACCAUUUGUAGAGGGUGAAUGGCACAAGGAUGCUCGGCACAGUGCUAUUGGCAGUCCUGAUACAGCCACAAGAGAAGACAUCAUGCUGGUUCUGCAAAAUGUCGAAGGCAUCUUUGUUAGAGCCAGCUUUGACAGCGAAUUAGCAGAGUCAAGCAUUCAUGGCCUUGAGAUGGAUUCAGCUUCUUAUUCCAGUCCCAAAAAUCCUCCUGCUUCUUCUGUGGAGCAGUGCGCUUGUCCAACAGGCUACACUGGAAAUUCUUGUGAGAACUGUGCACCUGGCUACAUCAGACGGCGGUCUGGGCCCUACCUGGGAGAGUGUGUUCAAGGUGUGCUUCCUUGCAACUGCAAUGGCCACUCAAAUUCCUGUGACCAACAGACUGGCCGCUGUCUGAAUUGUCAGCACAACACGGAUGGUCCAAGCUGUGAAAUGUGCAAGCGAGGUUUCUACGGUGAUGCAAGGCGAGGUACUCCAAGUGAUUGCCAGCCUUGUCCGUGCCCUAUGGUUGAUGUGCCUGGACAGUUUUCUCCAACCUGUGUGUUGGAGGCUGAUGGGCAGGUGACCUGCAACUCGUGUCCAAUUGGCUUUGAAGGCAGGCGUUGCGAACGUUGUGCUCCUGGAUACGAGCGUUACCCACCUGGCUCUGUGGAUGGAUCUUGUCAUCUAAAAGAAUGUGAUCCUGGACAGUUCCAGUGUGGUGAUGGGUCAUGCAUAAAUUACAGGAGAAGGUGUGAUGGUCAUUAUGACUGUAAUGAUUACACUGAUGAGCAAAACUGUGGUGCACCACAGUGUGAUACAGCUGGCAGCCUAAGUCCACAACGAAGUCCAUCGACCGGCCUGUGUCAGUGCAAGCCCCUGGUGACUGGAGCUUCAUGUGACCAGUGCAAGGCAAACUCCUUCCACCUGCACCCAAGUUCUCCUCUUGGCUGUGUGGAGUGCUUUUGCAUGGGCAUCACCAAGUCCUGUACCAGUAGCUUCUACCAUAGAGAACAGGAGGUGUUAAGGUUCUCGACUAGCACCGAGGGUGUCCACCUGACAACUUUAGACAGGGCUACAACAAUUGACCGUGGAUUGAAGCUGGAUCCCCGGAGCAAGGAGCUGGUUUAUCAGGAUUUUGCAUCCCAUCCUCGUCAGUCUUACUACUGGCAACUCCCUCAGAGAUUCUUGGGUGACAAGGUUACAUCGUAUGGAGGACUGUUAAACUACACAAUAAGGAGUGAUGGUACUGACAGACAAAGCAGAAGUCCGGAUGUCCAGAUCACAGGAAACAAGAUCAUACUUAUCUACAGGCAUCCUGAGAGACUGAAACUAAGGUUCCCACAAACAGUUUCCAUUCCAAUGUAUGAGACCUCGUGGAUCAGAGCUGAUGGUUUGCCUGCAACCAGAGAGCACUUCCUUAUGGUGCUUGCCGACUUGAGCUCCAUACUUGUGAAAGCAACACUCAGUGAAGAGACAGACACUGCCAGCCUUGUGGAGGCCUCCCUUGACAUAGCCGUCGAGUAUCCUACUGGACAAGCCCUGGCUAACGCUGUGGAGCACUGCCGUUGCCCCAUUGGCUACAAGGGCCUUUCGUGUGAGGAUUGUGAUGCUGGCUACACGCGUUCGGGUGCCGGCCUUUACUUGGGACUCUGUGUGCCCUGCUUCUGCAAUGGCCACUCUAGUGACUGUGACCCAGAGACUGGAGCCUGCAGUAACUGCCAACACAAUACACAGGGUGAAUAUUGUGAAGAAUGCCUGCCUGGAUUUAUUGGUGAUGCUACUGGAGGCACUCCAAGUGACUGCGAGGCUGUUCUAGUGCCUUCAUGUAGAUGUGACAACCGUGGUAGUACAAGGCAAGAAUGUGAUGCCAGGGACAACUGCCCUUGUAAGAACAAUGUGCAAGGAAAGAAUUGCAACCGUUGCAAGGAAGGAUAUUUCAACUUGGAAGCAUCCAACCCCGAAGGCUGCUCUCGUUGCUUCUGUUUUGGGGUCACUGAGCAGUGCAGCAGCAGCUCUUAUUACCGAAGUGAGGUCAGGAUGCUCUUGCAAGAUUUGCGGGACCCAUAUGCCCACAAUUUCCAGCUGUCCAAUCGAUACCAUUCCAACAUUAUCACUGAUACCAUUGUGGUCAACCCAUCAAACAACGAAGUCAGCUAUUCAUCGUUUCCACGUGACCCUGCUGAGAAAGAGACCUUGUUUUGGUCUCUUCCAGCACAAUUUUUGGGCAACAAGCUUGCGUCUUAUGGAGGAGGGCUUCGCUAUACUCAGCGUUUCACAGCAGACAGUGAUGGAGAAACCUACAGUGAUGCUGAUGUUCAGAUUACUGGAAAUGGCGUCACCAUUUUCUACGUAAACAUUCCUCCUCUCCCACCUUCUGAGAUGAGAACCUUUGAAAUACUAUUACGAGAGGACAAAUGGCAGCGAGUAGACUCUCGUGGCCCGACGGUGGCCACCCGUGAGGACAUAAUGAAGGUGCUGGCCAAUGUGGAGGUUCUGCUGAUUCGGGCAUCCUUCAGCUCGCGAAUGCGCAGCUCUAGCCUAAGUGAUGUCUCACUCUCAACAGCCGUUCCUCUGCGGUCUGCAGGCCAUGCUGUGGCUGUAGAAGUGGAGCAGUGCAUCUGCCCUCCUGGAUACAAUGGUCUCUCUUGUGAGGAAUGCGCACCGGGCUACAUUAGGGAUGUCAGUGGCCCUGGCCUUGGAAGGUGCACACGAUGCCGCUGCAAUGGCCACUCAGAGUCGUGUGACGCAGCUUCUGGAAACUGUGUUAGGUGUAGGCACAACACUGUAGGAGAUUACUGCCAGAGGUGUGCUGAUGGAUUUUAUGGUGACGCAACCAGGGGCACACCUGAGGACUGUAAACCUUGUCCGUGUCCGCACACAAUGCCAUCCAACCAGUUUUCGCCUACUUGCUUUUUGGACACUGACAACAAGCCAACAUGCAAUGCUUGCCCACCUGGUUACACAGGGCGAAACUGCGAGCAAUGUGCACCUGGCUACAGUGGCAACCCUCUUCAGCUAGGAGGUCGCUGUGAACCUUCAGGAGGCACCACUGCGCCAUCAUCAGUGUCGACGGUUUCAAUAAUUCCCAAGAGCCUGGAAGCAUCACUAGGCACCAGUGCCACUCUGACAUGCUCUGUAUCGGGGCCUCGUCUGCCAAUGCGGUUUGAUUGGAUCCAUGGCACCACUCCUGUCAAUGCAUCGGCUGGCUGGGUCAUCCAAUCAGUGUCCAGCCAAAUAAGCAGCCUGUCUGUGCUAGCGCUGAGCACAGAACACAAUGGGACCUAUACAUGCCGAGCUGUCUGGCCCACUCGCUCAUUUCAAGAGGUGGCAUUCAUCCAUGUACGGGGUGGUGGUGGCCAGUCUAUGAAAGUUCAGGUUGAGCAACCUCGAAUUCAAAGAGUUCCAGUGGGAUCUACAGUGACAAUACGCUGCACUGGAUAUUCACAAUCAAAGGCACCAUUCUCAUUGGUGUGGACCAAAGAAUUUGGAAGCCUGCCUUUAAGAGCCACAGAAGCAAGUGGAAUAUUGACAGUUCCUGAUGUUCGUGUUGAAGACAAUGGAACAUAUGUGUGCACUGGUUCAGACGUCUCAAGCGUUGCACAAGACAAGGCCAUUCUUCUUGUUGAUGGACUUGACCAGAAAUCGGCUCCCAGAGCUCGGAUCGAACCCCAUUUCCAGGAGGUGAACGUUGGGGAACCAGUCGAAUUCCGCUGCUUGGCUGAUGGCUUCCCCAAGCCAACAGUGGCAUGGUCAGGAGGGCGCAAUGGCAAUCUCAACCCAGAGCACACAAUCAUUGAUGGGGUCUUACGGAUACCCGCUGCCCGCAAGUCUGAUGAAGCCGAGUACUUCUGCACUGCGAGCAAUGAAAUGGGAACAGACAACAUCAGGACGGUGCUGUUUGUGAAAGGAGAAACAAUGGCCGCCAUUGUUUCCGAAGAUGACUCAGGUGCUGGAGAGGGGCCCCAUCUUACCAUUCAACCGACAAGCAUCGAGGCCAGGAAAGGAGAGACUGUACACUUAGAAUGCCGAGCCUCGGGUCGGCCAACACCAAACAUCACAUGGUCAUUUUCUGGUGGCCCAAUGCCAGACAACGUGAACCAGGUGGGAGGCAGGCUGACUAUGCUGAAUGUUGACGAACAGAACCAAGGAAGCUACAUGUGUGUCGCAAGCAAUCAUUAUGGAACAGCACAAGGCCAGGCACCUUUGCAGCUAACAACAAGAAGGAACAUUCCUUCAGUGCACAUUGAACCUGAGAGACAGACGGUGCGCCAGGGAGAAGAUGCAAAGUUGCGUUGCAUAGCAACAGGAACACCCACACCUGUGAUCAAGUUUGCAAAAGUUGGAAGCAAUCUCACUCAUAGGCACAUCGUUGAAGAUGACAUUCUGACAAUUGAACAAACCGUUGUCCAAGAUCGUGGUCACUACAUCUGCUUGGCAGAAAACAGAGAAGGCAUAGCUCGAGCCACUGCUGUGCUCGAAGUGGAUCGUCGGGAGGUUCCACUUGUGGAGAUCUACCCCAAGCACAUCCCUCCACUUCACCAUGGAGACACUGCAUUUCUGCAGUGCAGACCCACAGCUGGGAUACCAACACCGACCGUGGAAUGGACACGGGCUGAUGGCAGUCCUUUCACUCCCAGCACUGAACUGGCAGGUCCUGGGAUCAUUCGGUUUACUAGAUUUUCCAAGGAUGAGGAAGGAACUUAUGUUUGUUCUGCUGAAAAUGCAAUGGGCAAAGUUACUGCACAAACAGUGCUAAAGUUGCAAGGGUCACCGUUUGUGCGCAUCCUUCAACAAAACCCCUAUGCUGUGAGGGUUGGUGACCAGAUCCGCCUGGACUGCAUUGCUGAGGGUGAUCCAAGGCCUACAGUAACCUGGGAGCGCAUUGGCCAGCCCAUAACCACUUACUCCAACAUUGAAGAGCUCCAGGGUGGCACCACCACACUGUUCAUUCGUCGUGUGGCACCUUCAGACAGUGGCAUCUAUGUCUGCAAGGCUGCAAAUCAUGGAGGGCUGUCUGAAGAAAGGAUUGAAGUUACUGUUGAAGGGAAUCGACAUUCACACUCCAUUCCAAGGCUGGUAGCAGACGAUAAAGUUGUGACUGCUUCAAUUGGGAAAAGCGCAGAACUUCGCUGCCACAUUGAAGGAACAUCUCGUGCUCUUCAAAUUGUCUGGUCGAAAGUCUUACCCGAUGGCAACUUGGGAGAGGUUCCUUCCGACAAUGGCAUUGUGCACUUUGAGCGAGUGCAAGCCAGUGAUGCAGGCGUCUACGCUUGCCAGGGCAAAGAAGAUGGUGCUACCAUACUGGACACUCGUGUUACACUCGCUCUUGUGGCUCCACCUCGAAUUCAGCUGAACCCAACUCAGCAGACAGUACGUCCAGGCCACCACGUGUACAUUCAAUGCUCGGCCAUAGGCGAGCCGCCCAUCACGUACCAUUGGACCAGGCAGGGUGGGCAGCUGCCUCCAAGCACUGUGCAUAGAGACGGCCUGCUUGAAUUCCGGGGCAUCUCGAUAACCGAUGCUGGUCGCUACAUCUGUACAGCUGCCAAUGCUGCUGGACAAGCUGAAGGGGUUGCUGAUGUCAGGGUCACAGAAGGGGUUGAAAUCGGAUCCUUGCGAAAAGAGGAGACUGCAUUUGUGGGCUCAAACAUCGAGCUGCGCUGUCCACUGACAGGCUCCCCUGAGAGGAUUCAGUGGACAAAAGACACCCAUGCCUUGCCUCCAAAUGCUAGGGAAGUGAAUGGAGAACUCUGGAUUAAAGACGUGCAACAAAGCAACGAAGGAAGAUACAUCUGCAAUGCCAUGACAGGGGACAGGUUAAUCUCGAGAGACUACGUCAUCCUUCAUGUCAGAGAUGUUCCCAGCAUCUCAGUGAGGAUUCGGGCCAACAAGGAGGUUGUCCACAUGGGUGAUAGCUUGGACCUUCACUGUGUUGUGACAGGAGAUGGCGCCACUUCUGUUAAGUGGACGAAGCUCGCCGCUGAUGAUCAUUUUGCUGAGAAUGUGCGAGUGCGGGGUGCUGUCCUCUCAGUGAAUGGUGUUCGUCCUGAAAAUGGUGGUGUCUACCGCUGCUCUAUUGACAGCCCUGCCGGCACACUGAAUGAUGACUACGUCCUUGCCAUUGAAGAAACUCCAACGGUACCGCCCAAUGAAGUGGAGACAAGGACUAUUCCUUAUGGAUCAACUGUCGUCUUGGACUGCCGGCACAACUUGGAGCCUCCUGUGGCCUACAGCUGGAUGCGUGACAACGGGGACAUUCCUCACAAGGCUCUGCCUCGUGACAGCACAUUGGUCGUACCAGAUGUGCGUGCCAGUGAUGCAGGCACCUACAUCUGCACGGCUAAAAGCGAGCGUACUACACUUGAAGUUCCAACAAUUCUCGUUGUCACCGGUUUGCUUCCGCGAUUUACUCAGGCUCCUCUUUCUUACAUGAAGUUGCCAACCAUUGUGAAUGCCUACAUGGGGUUCGAAGUCCAGAUAACAUUCAAACCGGAACAAGAUCAUGGGCUACUUCUGUAUAAUGGCCAACAGGAGGAUGGCAGUGGAGACUUCAUAUCUGUAGGUCUGACCAAGGGCUAUGUGGAGUUCCGAUUUGAGCUAGGCUCAGGUGUUGGAUACCUGAGAAGCCAUCAGCCAGUGCAGAUGGACACCUGGCACACUGUUCAGAUCAGCAGAGCGAAGAAAGACGCCAAACUUACUGUUGACGAUCAGUCAGAAGUUACCGGAACAUCUCAGGGACGGAUGAUGGGGUUGGACUUGACUCAGCCUCUGUUUGUGGGGAGCGUGCCAAGCUUUGACAAAAUAUCACCUGAUAAUGGCUACAACAUUGGCUUUGUGGGCUGCGUGAGUGAAAUCAAGUUUGGCAGCCGCACCUUGGACUUGGUGAAGGACUCGGAGCAAGUGGGCACUACACCAUGCGAGACAUGCUCCCUGAACCCAUGCUUGCAUGAUGGCGUCUGCCAAGAGGCACCCACAGAGGCUGGCUAUCGCUGUAUCUGCCCACCAGGUUUUUCGGGGCGCGAUUGUGAGAAGGUCGGUGAGGCCUGUUACCCCGGGAUCUGUGGUGAAGGUCGAUGUGUAAACCGACCAAGUGGAGGAUUUGACUGCUACUGUCCUUUUGGACGAACAGGCCUUCGAUGUGAAAAAGAGGUGUCCAUUGUGGAACCUGCAUUUGCUGAUGAUGCCUUUGCGGCAUACCCAACUCCGAAGAACUCCCAAAGCAGCCUGAAGGUAAACAUGAAGAUCAAGCCAAACAACCUGGAUGACUGCCUGCUAGUCUACUGUGCCCAGUACCCUGACCAGAAAGGAGACUUUACCUCCAUUGGAAUCCGCAAUGGAAGUGUGGAAUUUCGUUUUGACACGGGUUCAGGCCCAGCGAUAAUCAGGCAUCCUGAACGGCUUCGGGCAAAUGAGUGGAUCACCCUGUCUGCAUCAAGGCAUGCUCAGAAUGGUGAACUGGUGGUGAAUGACGGCCAUAGAGAGAUGGGACGCUCACCCGGUCACACGCAAGGAGUGAAUCUCAAUACCCCCAUGUAUGUUGGUGGUGUGGACAAGACCAAGGUCAAGGUUAACCCAGAUGCUGGUGUGUCACAUGGAUUUGAGGGCUGCGUUGCACAUAUUGAAGUGAAUGAUGUCAGUGUGGACUUGGUUGGUGCAGUGGUAGAUGCAGCAAAUGUGGAUGACUGUGGUGGCAGAGCUCCUUGCGAAAAGAAUCCUUGCCAGAACCAUGGCAUUUGCAGGGAACGAGGACCCAAAGCAGAUGACUUUGAGUGUUUUUGCAAAGCAGGCUUCAGCGGUAGGACCUGUGAGAACCAGGAUGACUUCUGUCAGAAAAUUAACCCAUGCCAAAACAAUGCCGAGUGUGUUGGACUGGCUAACUCAUACAGGUGCAAUUGUCCAAAAGGCUACAAGGGACCCAACUGUGAAUCAGAAACGAUCUUUGAUGAGUGUGCCGAUUUCCAUGGGGAUGGUUGGAUUGCACUGAGCAGGGACCGACUGACGCACGCUGCAAGCAAUGUGUCCGAAGUUAUCCGGCUCAGCUUCUUGACAAAGCACCAUGAGGGACUCCUGCUUUUCCAAGGCCAGCCACGUGGUGUCGAUGCCAAGGGCCAGGACUAUAUCUCAUUGGGACUUAAAAAUGGAUACCUUGAAUUCAGCUAUGAAAUGGGAGGUGGUCCUGCCGAGAUUGUGUCAGAAGAAAGGGUUGAUGACGGACGCAUGCAUACAGUGGAGCUCAGAAGAACUGGAAAACGAGGCACACUCAAGGUCGAUACCAAAGAAGUGCACGGGGAAUCCCUCGGUCUGCUUGUCAUGCUGAACACGAAGAGCGACAUCUUUAUUGGAGGUGCCCCUGAACCAAGAGAAAUGACUGCAGAACGAUACCUCAAGGGCUUUACGGGCUCCAUAAUGAAUGUGCAAAUCCAGGAUUCUGGUGUCCUUAGCCUCUACAGUGACUCGAUCAGCUCAGCAAAUGCUGACCAAUGUGAAGACCAUGUGGGAAGUGGAGACUACUUCGUGCACUUCGGGACAAGCAACAAGUGACCUUCAGCAAAGCAGCUGUUCUCCCAUUAGUGGUAUUUUUUUCUCAGUCAUCACACUAGAGCAAGAUUGCUUUAUUUAGUCAAGGGAAAAGAAAGCACAUUUUUCCUGGGCUAGAAAUGCAACACCAUUGUCUUAUUUCGCUUGCUUAAUUUUUGCACAUGUGUUUUUUUUUCUUGCCAAGGAGCCAUUUUUGCAAAGGCAGCCGAUUUUCCGUCAUUCACUCUAGUCUCCUGUGCCAUCUUGUUUUGGAGCAAGCAGCAUUGUGUGUGUGAUCAUCCUUUUGUCCUCGAGUGGAUGACAGUGUGCUGCAAGAUCACAAAGAAGAAAGCUCCAUUCGGAGAACAGCCUUAGAAUCUGUGCUUCAUCUAUGCAUUUCAGUGAUAUCCCAACAUGGAGUGCAUUUAGUUGACUCAUCGCAGAAUCACUGCUCUUUCAUUUUAAUUCACUGUACCUUCUUUUUCUCCAAGAUAAGCCAGUUUUCUCGUUUGGUGGCAAUGCCUCUUACAUAAACUGGCAUGUCACAUUUGCAGCCACAUUGUUUUUAGCAGCGUAGUGUGAGCACAAUUUGCUUUUGUGCAUAGCAUUUGUGCCAAAUUUUUGUUUGCAGGAACCUAAACCGGUGAAUUCUUUUUUCAGCCUCAUCUUUUAACAUUUCUUCACUUGGUUUACUUACUGACAGGAUGAAAAAAAACAACAUAGUUUUGUGUGGUCCCAUGCAGUUCAGAGCAAGUGCCAAGAUGGGUACAGUCAGAAGAAGAGAAUGUAUAAAAUGGCUUAUUUAUGACGACAUACUUUUCUACAUUUUUUAUGCGAGCCUGCUGUAUGUAGUGUGCGUGAAUAGAAUGCAAUCAAUCAAAGGCAGCAAAUCUGUUAUUUUGGUUUGUGACACAUGAUUUAAGUGCAAGCUAAUUUCACCACUAAAUUAUACCAUUCAGCUGCAGUCAAGGUUCUCAUUUUCUGUCAACAUCUGUCUUUUGAAUGGUUCAUGUCGCUUGUUUUUUAUUUAGUAUGGGAUUGAGUAUUUUGCUAUGACAAGUGAUUCAGGUAAAACAUUACCACGAGAGUGUACAUAUUCAGGGUGUUGACUGCAGCUUUGGUGGUGCGACCACUGCCAUUUACAACUUUAAAAUUUUGUUCUUUUUGUUUGAAUGUGCCACGCUGCCUAUUUCUAGGUGUCAACAGCAGCUGCACUUACUUUGUUGCGCCUAGUUUCACUGCUCUGAAGCUGCAAUAAAGCUGAUGUUUGUUAAUGUUUGA